UGGAAGAACAUCGAGGCGUAAUGGCGUAACAACGUAACAAGUAAACAGAAGUGGCACGGUUGCUGCCCAGGGUCGUGAGCUGACGUUUUUCGUCAUUCAUCGUUGGCCGCCGGAAUUAAUUUGCCGCAUGACUGUCAAUUUGCGUGCCGGCUCGUAGAACGAGGCAGCGCCGAUCAUGCUGAAGUCAUCGAAAGCGUGGCGGGUGCUCCACCGGGGCACCUAUCUGCCAGCGCAUCAGCUGGCUCGUCAAGAACACACGUCCGACUUGAAGUUUCCGGAGGAAUGGACAAAGCAUGCCACAAAGCAACUCAAGGGGAAGCCCCCCGCGUCCCUAAAAUGGGACACGGCUGAGGGGAUCACCAUCAAACCGCUGUACACGAGCGAGGACAUCAAGGGGCUGCCCGAAGAUUUUCCCGGCAUGUUCCCGUUCACGAGGGGCCCAUACCCGACCAUGUACGCUGGACGACCGUGGACCAUUCGUCAGUAUGCCGGGUUCAGUACGGUAGAAGAGAGCAACAGGUUCUACAAAGACAACAUCAAGGCCGGCGUGCAAGGACUCUCGGUGGCGUUCGACCUGGCGACCCACUGCGGCUACGACUCGGACAACCCGAGGGUCAAGGGAGACGUCGGCAUGGCGGGCGUGGCCGUCGACUCUGUCGAAGACAUGAAGGCGCUCUUCGAUGGCAUACCAUUGGAUAAGAUCUCCGUCUCUAUGACGAUGAACGGAGCUGUCAUUCCUGUUCUGGCUAUGUUCAUCGUCGCCGGUGAGGAGCAGGGAGUCAAGGUGGAACAGCUUUCCGGAACAAUCCAGAAUGACAUUCUCAAGGAGUUCAUGGUCAGAAACACGUACAUCUACCCACCAGAACCCUCGAUGAGGAUCAUCGGCGACAUAUUUUCGUUUGUCUCGAAAAACAUGCCCAAGUACAACUCAAUCUCCAUUUCGGGAUACCACUUGCAGGAGGCGGGAGCCAACAACGUCCUCGAACUAGCUUUUACAAUUGCAGAUGGACUCGAGUACUGCCGAACGGGACUGAGAUCUGGCAUGACAAUAGACGACUUUGCGCCCCGCCUGUCUUUCUUUUGGGGUAUCGGCAUGAACUUCUACAUGGAGAUUGCGAAGAUGCGGGCCGCCCGACGACUCUGGGCCCGCUUGAUCAAAGAAAACUUCAAUCCCAAAAAUGAGAACUCGCUCAAGCUUCGCACACAUUCCCAGACGUCCGGAUGGUCCCUCACCGAGCAAGACCCUUACAACAACAUCGUACGGACAACCGUGGAAGCCAUGGCGUCUGUCUUCGGCGGCACUCAGUCGCUCCACACCAACGCAUUUGAUGAGGCUCUCGCACUGCCCUCCAAGUUCAGUGCCAGGAUUGCAAGAAAUACUCAGAUCAUCCUUCAGGAGGAGAGUGGCAUCACCCAUGUCAUUGACCCCUGGGGUGGUUCCUACCUGAUGGAGGCCUUGACAGAGCAGGUCUAUAAUGAAGCUCUUAAGAUUAUCAAGGAGGUGGAAGAGCUGGGCGGCAUGGCAAAGGCAGUCUCGACGGGCAUGCCUAAAUUGCGGAUCGAGGAGUGUGCAGCGAAAAAGCAGGCCCUGAUUGACAAUGGCAAGGAGGUCAUUGUCGGCGUCAAUAAGUAUCGCCUGGAGAAAGAGGACCCUAUUGAAGUCUUGACAGUGGACAACACCAUGGUUAGGGAUUCUCAGAUAGCAAAGAUUAAAGCUAUUCGUGAGUCGCGAGACAACGCAAAAGCAGAGGCUGCCCUGAAUGCCAUCACACAAGCGGCCAGCUCUGGAACUGGUAACCUUCUGGGUUUGGCUGUUGAAGCAGCAAGAGUGAGAGCCACAGUUGGCGAGAUCUCCAUGGCCAUGGAGAAGGUGUUUGGUCGCCAUGUCGCCUCUGACAGGAUGGUGUCUGGUGCAUACAAGUCCACAUUUGGAGAAGAGGACGCCGAGAUCACUGCAGUUAUUGCUAGAGUAAACGCAUUCCAGGAGCAGGAGGGACGAAGGCCACGUAUCCUUGUCGCCAAGAUGGGACAGGACGGUCACGACAGGGGGGCCAAGAUUAUUGCGACUGGAUUUGCUGAUAUGGGCUUUGAUGUGGACAUUGGACCCCUGUUCCAGACUCCCGAAGAAGUUGCCCAACAGGCCAUCGAUGCUGACGUCCACGUUGUGGGGGUGAGCAGCUUGGCAGCUGGCCACAAGACUCUCGUGCCAGAGCUGUCGAGGGUCCUGAAGUCGCUGAAUCGUCCUGAUAUUCACAUUGUAGUCGGGGGAGUCAUCCCGCCACAGGAUUACGACUUCCUUUACAAGGCAGGGGCUGCUGCCAUUUUUGGCCCUGGUACAAGAAUUCCAACCUGUGCUGAUCAAGUGCUGGACUUGAUUUCUGGGAAGUCUACAAAGGAAGAGAAACAACGGGGCUGAUGGAGAUAUCUUUGCAAUGUAAUUGCAGAAAUGUCUGUAAAGGACACCUGGAAAUAUUUGUUCUUGUUUUCCUAAAAGUAAUAAAAAAAAUGUUUUGUGAAA